GACAUUAUGCACUGAGCAGCAGACAGACAACGUGUGACAUUUUGGAAGGAGACUAGUGAGACUGCUCUCUCUCUCUUACAGGGUGAGUGAGGAAGGGGCGGGCUGCUGACACACCCUGUGCUCUCUCCUAGGCAGAGGAGUCUCCUUCACCUCUUCCGAAGUUGUCUCAACAGCAGCGUGUCCGCGCCCUCACUGUCCCCACUCUCACUCCCCGCCCUUCCACCGGGGGCCACCGACCGAACCGCGCCACAUCGGAUCCGGAAGACAUCUGUAGCACCAUGUCCACCUCGGAUGAUGUUGACGGACUGCUGCGCCCUCACUAUGGCUCUGUACUGGAUGAUGAAAGGCUUACAGCAGAGGAGAUGGAUGAAAGAAGGCGUCAAAAUGUGGCUUAUGAAUACUUGUGUCAUUUGGAGGAAGCAAAGAGAUGGAUGGAGGCCUGUCUACUGGAAGAGCUGCCUCCUACUACGGAGUUAGAGGAGGGUCUCCGGAAUGGAGUCUACCUAGCAAAACUUGGAAACUUCUUCAGCCCAAAAGUUGUGUCACUGAAGAAGAUCUAUGAUCGUGAACAGACCAGAUACAAUGCCACUGGUCUUCACUUCAGACACACAGACAAUGUGAUUCAGUGGCUCAAUGCAAUGUCUGAGAUUGGCCUCCCAAAGAUCUUCUACCCUGAGACUACAGACAUCUAUGAUCGGAAGAAUAUGCCUCGUUGUAUAUACUGCAUCCAUGCCUUAAGUUUGUACCUGUUUAAACUAGGCCUUGCCCCACAAAUCCAGGACUUGUAUGGAAAAGUAGAAUUUACAGCCGAAGAGAUUGAUAUAAUGAAAAGCGAGCUUGAGAAAUACGGGAUUCAGAUGCCAGCGUUUGGCAAAAUUGGAGGAAUCUUGGCCAGUGAGCUGUCUGUGGAUGAAGCUGCAUUGCAUGCAGCUGUAAUUGCCAUCAAUGAAGCCAUUGAUCGGGGCGUUCCUACUGAAACAUAUACUGCACUUAAGAAUCCGAAUGCCAUGCUAGUAAACCUUAAUGAGCCCCUGGCUCCUGUUUAUCAGAAUAUACUUUAUCAAGCAAAGCAGCACAAAAUGGAGAGUGCUAAAAAACGGAUCAACGCUGAGAAUGCAGGGGAGGAGCGGGAUGUGUAUGAAGAGCUGCUCACCCAAGCGGAAAUACAAGGCAAUGUCAACAAAGUGAAUUUACAAGCGGGGAUAGAAAGAGUUGACCAUGCACUGGACAGUGGCAGUCCUCCCCUGGUGUUUGAAGCUCUGAGUAACCAGGCACUUGGAUUAAGAGCAUUACAGAGAGAGAAUUCGGAAUGGUACUGCAAUCAGCUCCAGAGCGAUAAGCAGCAGAAAGCGGAGGCGGGCAUGACUGGACCCUUGCAGAAGGAGGAGUUGCAGGCUGGAGUCGAUGCUGCCAAUGUCUCGGCACAGCAGCUGCAGAGACGGUUGGCUGCAGUGGUCAGGAUUAAUAAUGCCAUCAGGAAGGGGGUUGCUGAGGAGACUGUGCAGGAGUUGAUGAACCCUGAUGCACAGCUGCCAGAGGUGUACCCAUUUGCAGAAGAUCUUUACCAGAGAGAGCUGAGCACAUUACAGCAGCAAAGCCCAGAGGGAAACCUCAAUCACUCUGAGCUCUCAGUAGCUGUAGAAAUGUUGUCAACCGUGGCUCUAAUUAAUAGGGCUAUAGAUGCACGCGAUGUAAACACCAUCUGUAAGCAGCUGGCCAACCCAGUCACAGGCUUGAUGGAUGUGGAGGAUGAGAACAUCCAGAGAUACGUCGAUGAAUUGAUGAAAAUGAAACAACAGGCCCGCGAAGAAGGGAAUGAGUUUAUUACAUGGAAUGAUAUCCAGGGAUGCGUGAAUCAUGUCAAUAACACAGUACAUGAGGAACAUGCCAGGAUAUUGGCAAUUGGGCUCAUUAAUGAAGCUUUGGAUGAAGGGGAUGCCAGGAAGACGUUGCAAGCCUUACAGCUGCCAGCAGCAAAGUUAGAAGGAGUAGAACCCAGUGUGGCUCAGCAUUACCAGGAUACUCUGGUCCGGGCAAAAAGAGAGAAAGCUCAGGAAACAAAAGAUGAAUCUGCAGUUCUGUGGCUGGAUGAAAUCCAAGAUGGGAUAUUCCGUUCCAAUAAAGAAACAGAGGAUGCCCAAAGAUUCUCCCGUGGUAUCCUGGCUAUUAAUGAAGCAGUAGACAAGGGCGAGAGCGUGCAGACUCUCCAUGCGCUGCGUUCCCCAGACGUUGGCCUCUACGGGGUGACCGCAGAAUGUGCUCAGACCUAUCAGAACGAGCUGGCAGAACUGAAGACCAAUAAAGCAGGCCAAGGCGACAAUGGAAGUGAAUGGGUACAGCACUGGGUGAAGGGCGGUUAUCAUUACUACUUUCAUCUGCCUAGCAAUGACGGUAGAUGGGAAGAGCCCCAAGGAUUUGUGCAGAAUAACACACAGCUUGCAAAGGAGGAUAUUCAGACUACCAUUUCUGGUGUUUCUGCUGCAUAUAACCGUGAACAGCUGUGGCUGGCCAAUGAGAGCCUAAUUACCAAGCUGCAGGCGCGGUGUCGGGGCUACCUAAUGCGCAAGAAAUUUGCCUCCAGGAUGAGCUUCUUAAAAGACCAGACUCCUGCUAUUACCUGCAUUCAGGCCCAGUACAGAGGGCAGAAGCAGAGGAAAGCCUUCAAGAACCGCUUGCAGUACCUGAAUGAUCACACUGAUGAAGUAGUGAAGAUUCAGUCCUACACGCGAAUGUAUCAAGCCAGGAAACGCUACAAAGAACGAUUAAAAUACUUCAGAGAUCAUAUUAAUGAUAUUGUAAAGAUCCAAGCUUUUAUCCGUGCCAACAAAGCGCGAGAUGACUACAAAACCCUGAUCAAUGCUGAGAACCCACCUAUGGCAGUGGUCCGAAAAUUUGUUCACCUGUUGGACCAAAGUGACCAGGACUUCCAGGAAGAAUUGGAUGUCAUGAAGCUGAGAGAGGAGGUAGUAACGCUCCUGAGAUCUAACCAGCAGCUGGAGAAUGACCUCAACCUUAUGGAUAUCAAGAUUGGGCUGCUCGUUAAAAAUAAAAUCACACUGCAGGAUGUGGUCUCCCACAGUAAGAAGUUAACAAAGAAGAACAAGGAGCAGCUCUCUGACAUGAUGAUGUUAAACAAACAGAGGGGAGGACUAAAGGCUCUGAGCAAGGAGAAGAGGGAGAAGUUGGAGGCUUAUCAGCAUCUCUUCUAUUUGUUGCAGACUAAUCCAACCUACCUGGCAAAACUUAUCUUUCAAAUGCCUCAAAAUAAAUCCACCAAAUUCAUGGACUCUGUCAUUUUUACUCUCUAUAAUUAUGCAUCCAAUCAAAGGGAAGAAUACCUUCUACUGCGUCUCUUCAAAACUGCACUCCAAGAGGAGAUAAAGUCUAAGGUGGAUAUGAUUCAGGAGAUAGUCACUGGCAACCCUACUGUAAUAAAGAUGGUGGUGAGCUUUAACCGUGGGGCUCGUGGCCAAAAUGCUUUAAGACAGAUAUUGUCCCCUGUAGUGAAAGAGAUCAUGGAAGACAAGUCCCUCAACAUCAAAACUGACCCUGUAGAUAUCUACAAGUCUUGGGUCAACCAAAUGGAGUCUCAGACUGGAGAAGCAAGCAAACUACCAUAUGACGUCACCCCAGAGCAAGCAAUGACACAUGAGGAGGUGAGGAACAGGCUGGACUCUUCUAUCAAAAACAUGAGGACUGUAACGGACAAGUUCCUCUCUGCCAUCAUCAGUUCAACUGAUAAGAUCCCGUAUGCUAUGCGUUACAUUGCAAAGGUCCUGAAAGAUACACUUCAUGAGAAGUUUCCUGAUGCAGGAGAGGAUGAUUUGCUCAAGAUUAUAGGAAACCUUCUCUAUUAUCGCUACAUGAACCCAGCAAUUGUGGCCCCUGAUGCCUUCGAUAUUAUAGAUCUUUCUGCUGGAGGUCAGCUGACCACAGAUCAACGUCGGAACCUUGGAUCCAUUGCUAAGAUGCUCCAACAUGCUGCGUCCAACAAAAUGUUCCUCGGGGACAAUGCCCAUCUAAGCAUAAUUAAUGAGUAUCUCUCUCAGUCCUACCAGAAAUUCAGACGUUUUUUCCAAUCUGCCUGCGAAGUUCCAGAGCCAGAGGAUAGAUUUAAUGUUGAUGAAUAUUCCGAUCUGGUGACCCUAACCAAGCCAGUUAUAUAUAUUUCUAUUGGAGAGAUUGUGAAUACACACACGCUGCUUCUAGACCACCAGGAUGCAAUAGCACCAGAGCAUAAUGACCCGAUCCAUGAACUAUUAGAUGAUCUUGGAGAGGUUCCUACUAUCGAGUCUCUUAUUGGUGAAGGACCUGGAGCUACACCAGAUACCAACAAGGAGAUGCUGGCAAAGACUGAGGUAUCCCUGACUCUGACUAAUAAGUUUGAUGUUCUUGGAGAUGAGAAUGCAGAGAAGAAUGCAAAGACCAUCCUACUAAACACAAAACGGCUGAUAGUGGAUGUCAUCCGGUUCCAACCUGGAGAGACUUUGACCGAAAUCUUGGAGACCCCGGCGACCAUCGAACAGGAAUCCGAUCAUCAGAGGGCCAUGCAGAGACGGGCAAUUAGAGAUGCCAAGACACCGGACAAAAUGAAAAAGGCCACAUCUUUGCGGCAAGACAAUAAUCUAACUCUUCAAGAGAAGAAAGAGAAGAUUCAAGCUGGGCUGAAGAAACUGGCAGAGCUUGGAAUGGUGAAUCCAGAGAGCCGGUACCAGGACCUCAUUAAUGAUAUCGCCAAGGACAUUCGUAAUCAAAGGCGAUAUCGGCAGAGAAGAAAGGCGGAGCUGGUGAAGCUGCAACAGACUCAUGCCGCUCUGAACUCCAAGGCUGUGUUCUAUGAAGAACAGGUGGACUACUACAAAAGCUACAUCAAGACUUGCCUAGACAAUCUGGCAAGCAAGGGCAAAGUGUCCAAGAAACCAGGACAGAUGAAAGGGAAGAAAAGCAAGAAGAUUGCUCUGAAAUACUCAGCUGCCCGGCUCCAUGAGAAAGGCGUGCUACUGGAGAUAGAAGAUCUGCAAGUGAACCAGUUUAAGAACGUGAUCUUUGAAAUUGCCCCCACGGAGGAAGUUGGGGAUUUUGAAGUGAAAGCAAAGUUUAUGGGCGUUCAGAUGGAAACCUAUAUGCUGCAUUACCAGGACCUUCUCCAGCUGCAGUAUGAAGGGGUCGCUGUCAUGAAGAUGUUUGACCGAGCAAAGGUCAACGUAAACCUCCUAAUCUUCCUUCUAAACAAGAAAUUUUAUGGAAAGUAAGAAGAGAAGAGCCGUCUGAGGAGAGAGCUGACAGACUACAGGCCCUAUAUUGUUUUACUGUCGCCAAAAAACAUGAUGGCUAAAAGCUACAUAAAAUGCUUUAGCACACUUAUAAGGCUGUGUGUACAGACUCUGCAAGUACUGUACCGUGCUGGGUGUUUCCACCAAUGGGACUGCAGUGCUUCAGUGUUACAUAGGAAAAAGUUUCUGCUGGAAUUUAGUUAGCAUAGGAUGUGACUGGUCUCGCAGAGCCGCACUAACUGCAUAUAAAAAUAUAUGUAUUGGAAAAAAAAAUUUUUAAUAUAGACUAAAAUGAUCUUUGAUAGAGUAUAUUCCAGGAUCACUAUACUAGUUGACAAAUUUUAAAACAUGCAAAUGUAUGUUUCUAUUUAAUAGUGCAGGCACUUUUUUUUUUUUUGCUUUAAAAACUGGAAUUUUCCAUCCACAAAUUGGUAAAAAUUACUGUAAGUCAUCCAAGUAUUUUAUUUAUGGAUAAGAAUUCCCUUUUUUUUAUAUUUACUUGAUUAAUAUCCAUGGUUCUUUGUAGAAUAAUGUCAUAAUUCAGUCAUCAGCUUGGACGCCUACAGCCGCAGAGAAUGCUAUUGCAUAUGCUAAUUGAAAAGUGUUGCAGAGUUUACUGGCACUAUAUAAAUAAAUGAUGAUAAAUAUAUAUAUAUAUAUGAAUAGUGACCAAGUAUCAUAGCCUUUGGAGUUGAUCCCGUUAGAAAGAAGUUGGAACAUUUUAUGUAAAAUGGAAUUGGCGCUAAUGAAGGGGUCUCGGUGUGAGGGAACCGCGAUGCUGUCUAAUAGAAAGUCUGUGUAUAUGUCGACUCUCUACAGUAGGUUACAAAUAGGCUGUUAUUUUGGACAAAAAAAAGUGUAUGGUCUACAAAUAUUUUGCCAAACUGGAAUUAAACUCCAGGCUAAUUUUUGUUUUUCUGAAAGCUAAACCAGUGCCUUCUAUAUUGCAGCUUUAUUUCUGCAUUUUCUUGUAUUAUUUUAGUCAUAAAAUCUAUAAAAAUUGUAUUAUUUUGCAACCGUUUCAAAUAUUAGAGCAAGGAACGUUUGUGUUUCUCAGGAAGGGUAAAUAGUUUAACCUAAUGUGUAUGUAGAACCCAAUCUAUUAGAUUGGGGUUUUUUUAAGAAAGAGGAAACAAUUUUUACUAAAGCCAACUUAGAAAAGGUUUAUAUUAUGAAUUUAUAAACGAUGUCUGUGAAAAUCAUAAACAGAAAUACAGUAAUUGUUAAACACUAGCUCACUAAAUUGUGAAAAAUAAAAUAGUUUUGGAGGAAAUCAAAUUCAUGGCAUUCUCAACAGGUAUAAACAAUUGUUGUCGGAUGAUAUUUUAGAUUUUUAGAUACAUAUACUUUUUUAACAAAACAAAAUGACUUAAUAUUAAUAGAGAUAUGUAUAUUGAUUUUUAAAUCGUAUUGACAAAGUGAUUCCAUGUUUACAUACAGUGACAUGGGGUGAUGAAAUCACUUAUUUGGCAUUUAUUUAACUUGUUUAUAGAAAUUUAAGGUAAAGGGGAUGACAUCAUCUCAGUCUAUAAAGUAACUUAGCUGCAAAGCUUAUACUGAUGUGCAUGCAGAUACAGAACAUUAUUGCAGACCUCUCAUUCUUCAAAGCUUAAUAUUUGUAAGAGCUCAUAUUAUUGACCUAGCUUAUUAAGAGAUAAUAGGGAUAUAUAUAGAGAGAGAGUGAGAGAGUUCACAGUAGCGGCACUCAGCGACGACUUCUUUAGGAAAUUAAGACACCAUCACUCUGGAUUAUUUCAACGUUUCAGGAUCAUUUAUUUCGACCUUUUCGUUAGGAUGCAAACCUCUCAUUCGUCAAAGCUUAACAUUUGUAAAAGCUCAUUUUAUUGGCCUGGCUUAUUAAGAGGUAAUAGGAAAAUAAAUAAAUGAAUCUUCCCCUGGUUUUAUAGCAAUAUGGAAAUUGCAAGGUAGAUAGUUAUCUAAUGUAGAUCUUCUGGCUUAUUUAGAAUUUCAUAGGUGAUGCUGUGUUACGUAGUUGAUAACUAUGCAUUUUUAUUAUUUAUUGGGGACACUCAUGAAUAGAAUCUUCAGCACCAAACCGUUUAUACUCUUUUAUAUAAAUGUCUACAGUUUUGUUCCCAUUUCGAUAAAUUUGACUGCCUCCGUAUAGCUGUACUUUGAUUAGCUGAAUAAAAAGAUUUUGUUGUACGCUG